AGGCAGAGAGAUUCUCCAUAAGAUGAAGGUUGGAUUAUGCGGAUCUGACACAGGCAGAGGUAAAAGCAAGAUGUGGAAGAACAUCGCACACGGUUAUGACUUUGUGAAAGGCAAAGCGUGUCAUCCAAUGGAGGACUAUGUUGUGUCUGAGUUCAAGAAAGUAGACGGCCAUGAUUUGGGUUUGUUUGCUAUCUUUGACGGUCAUUUAGGGCAUGAUGUGGCCAAGUACUUGCAGACCAAUCUCUUUGAUAACAUACUCAAAGAGAAAGAUUUUUGGACUGAUACGGAAAACGCUAUAAGGAAUGCAUAUAUAUCAACCGAUGCUGUGAUAUUAGCGCAGUCACUUAAACUUGGCAAAGGCGGAUCAACAGCUGUAACAGGCAUUCUGAUAGAUGGGAAAAAGCUAGUGGUUGCUAAUGUUGGAGAUUCACGGGCAGUGAUGUCAAAGAAUGGUGUUGCUUAUCAACUCUCUGUUGAUCAUGAACCAAGCAAGGAGCAAAAAGAAAUAGAAAGCCGUGGUGGCUUUGUAUCAAAUAUUCCAGGGGAUGUUCCAAGAGUUGAUGGACAACUAGCAGUUGCGAGGGCAUUUGGAGAUAAGAGUUUAAAGAUACAUCUGAGCUCAGAACCAGACAUAACACACCAGACUAUUGAUGAUGAGACUGAGUUCAUUGUUUUUGCAAGUGAUGGAAUUUGGAAGGUGUUGUCGAACCAAGAAGCGGUGGAUGUGAUCAAAAGCAUAAAAGAUCCACAAGCGGCAGCAAAGGAGUUGAUAGAAGAAGCAGUCUCUAAGAAAAGCACAGACGACAUCUCUUGUAUAGUUGUAAGAAAGAAGAUGUUCGAAACUCCGAUCUGUUCUCCACCUUCACCCAUAGACAAAGAAUCCUCCGACGAUCUCUCUAUGGGAUAUUGUGGUGUAAAAGCCUAUGGAGUUAAUGAAGCUGACGAACUCAUUGCAAAGUUGGCACUCCAUUGCUACAAUUCUCAAAAGGGAACAAAUUUACAGUUGAUGACUGUAACCCAACUCAUGGUGCGAUCGGUUGCACAUUUCGAUUAUCAGAUGACAUUGGAUGCCAUUGAUCCAGCCAACAAUUCAUUUUCCAGUGUUGAAAUCUGUGCUUGGGAUGCUUCCAUAGAGAAUGAUGAGAACUUGAGAUUAGUCACCACUUUUUGCAGCCUUGAAGGAUCCGGAGAAGCAGGAACCCAAUGGGAUUUCGAUGGUGUAGACAUGUUCUAUAAUGGUGUGAUGCCUAAGUGGCUAGAUGAUGAAAAAAGAACUCAAAGCAACGAACCAAAACCACAAAGAGAGAAGAUGAGCGAAGAACAACCACACGCCAAUCUGGCGGUUCCGGCGUUUAAAACUGACAAAGAUCCCAUAACGCAAACGCAAAAUGGUCAAAGUAGCGUUUGGCGUUUCGGUGGAAGCGAUAAGGCAGCGAAAGCAUCCACCGUAACGCUGAGAGGUGUCAUCUACAUGCUCUUCGACAACUGCAGCAAAGACGUCAAUAAGACUAUUUUACCCCUCGGCCACGGUGACCCUUCCGUCUACCCUUGCUUCCGUACCUGUAUCGAAGCUGAAGACGCCGUCGUCGACGUCCUCCGCUCCGGCAAAGGCAAUUCUUACGGUCCCGGAGCUGGGAUUCUACCUGCAAGACGAGCCGUUGCCGAUUAUAUGAACCGAGAUCUUCCACACAAGUUAACGCCGGAAGAUAUCUUCCUGACCGCUGGAUGCAACCAAGGGAUAGAGAUCGUGUUUGAAUCGUUGGCUCGACCAAACGCAAACAUCUUGCUCCCACGUCCUGGCUUCCCUCAUUACGACGCUCGUGCUGCUUAUAGUGGUCUCGAGGUUCGCAAGUUUGAUCUUCUUCCUGAAAAAGAAUGGGAGAUUGAUAUCGAAGGUAUCGAAGCCAUUGCAGACGAGAACACUGUGGCUAUGGUUGUAAUUAACCCCAACAAUCCCUGUGGAAAUGUCUACUCUCACGACCAUCUCAAAAAGGUUGCAGAGACGGCUCGUAAGCUGGGGAUAAUGGUGAUCUCAGACGAAGUAUAUAACCAAACUAUAUUCGGAGAAAAUCCAUUUGUUCCAAUGGGAAAGUUUGCAUCGAUUGUUCCUGUGUUGACACUAGCAGGUAUAUCUAAGGGAUGGGUUGUUCCUGGAUGGAAAAUUGGCUGGAUCGCCUUGAAUGAUCCCGAGGGCAUAUUCGAGACCACCAAGGUGGUACAAUCCAUCAAACAGAAUCUUGACGUGACUCCUGACCCUGCCACAAUAAUUCAGGCUGCACUUCCCGCGAUCCUGGAGAAAGCGGAUAAAAACUUCUUUGCAAAGAAGAACAAGAUACUCAAACAUAAUGUUGAUUUGGUGUGUGAUAGGCUCAAGGACAUCCCUUGUGUCGUUUGUCCCAAGAAACCUGAGUCUUGCACUUACUUAUUGACAAAGCUUGAGCUGUCAUUGAUGGAUAACAUCAAGGACGAUAUAGAUUUCUGCGUAAAGCUGGCCAGAGAGGAGAAUCUCGUGUUUCUACCAGGUGAUGCUCUGGGUUUGAAGAACUGGAUGAGGAUAACCAUUGGAGUCGAAGCUCAUAUGCUUGAGGAUGCACUUGAGAGAUUGAAGGGUUUCUGUACACGUCAUGCCAAGAAAACAGAGACAGAAACUGAGGCACUUCAAGCUUUGAAACUGAGUGAUAAUAAUCUCGAAAUGUAAAACAGAAGAGGAUGUGUAUGCCCAAAAGAAUAUUCUUAUGAUGAUAAUUUUGAUUCUAGCUUUUCGAUUUUUGAUUUCCCUAAGUAUUUGAUUAUCUACACUAAUAAAAACUAUGGUUAAUU